AACGCGCUCACGCCUCCCAACCCUUAAAGAGACUUUUACGGAAGCCCAUUGGGUGCAAAAAUGAAACGGUCCACGCCUUGUACUCGCAUCAGUCAGCAUCGGUGAAUAGAAAGCUUUGUGCCCGACAUGAACAGGCGUCUGGGAGCCUGAUGCUGCUUUUAUUCACCCAGUGAAUGAGCCGCUUCAUUCCUGUGAAUCAGCGGGCUCAUGUUCUGCUCUUCGCCUGUCUGUGUGCACCAAUGAUGCGCUACUCCAACUGGCUCAUUGACGUGAAGAACAGGGCAAGCCUGAGAAAUGCGUGCAGGACAACCCCCGACACGGACUGGAUUAACAGUGUGCGGAACUACGGCGUGGAAACGCCGAACAACCUGCAGCCCAAUGAGAAAACGUCAGAGGCGUUGGUCACGAGCCACCUCUGGAGAAAAGGUUAUAAAAUAAUCAAGAAAAUUGGAGAGGGCACCUUUUCUGAGGUGCUGAAAACUCAGAACCUUAAAGAUGGAAAGUUUUAUGCGUGUAAAACCAUGAAGCAGACAAUUAACAGUCUGGAAAAGGCCAACAAUCUGCGGGAAGUCCAGGCAAUGAAGCGGCUCAGCCCUCACACCAACAUCAUCCAGCUGCAUGAGCUGAUAUAUGACAAAGGAACAGGAACGGUCUCUCUGAUAUGCGAACUGAUGGAGAUGAACAUCUAUGAGCUCAUUCAAGGUAGGACGGCUCAGGAAGACGCUUUCUGUCCUCCCUGGAGCUGGAUGUGCUUAGAGGAGGUUUGUGGCUCUGCAGGAAGGAGGACGCCUCUGCCUGACCAGACAGUGAAGAGCUACAUGUACCAGCUGUGCAGGUCCCUGGAGCACAUUCACAGGUGUGGGAUCUUCCAUCGAGAUGUAAAACCUGAAAAUAUUCUCAUCAAGCAAAACGUUUUGAAGCUGGGCGACUUCGGCUCGUGUCGCAGUGUGUACUCCAAGCCGCCGCACACUGAGUACAUCUCCACGCGUUGGUACCGGGCGCCGGAGUGCCUCCUGACCGACGGCUACUACACCCAGAAGAUGGACGUCUGGAGCGCCGGCUGCGUCUUCUUUGAGAUCCUGAGCCUGCACCCUCUCUUCCCUGGAGCCAACGAGUUGGACCAGGUGGCCAAGAUCCACAACGUGUUGGGGACGCCGGAUCAAAGUCUGCUGCAGAAGUUCAAACAGUCGAGAGCGAUGCAAUUCAACUUCCCUCCGAAGAAAGGAUCGGGCAUCUCGCGGCUGCUGCCCAGCUGCCCGGCGCCGGCCAUCUCUCUGCUUUAUCAGAUGUUGGCCUACGACCCGGACGAGCGCAUCUCCGCAGACACCGCCCUGAAGCACACCUACUUCAGGGAAAUCAGGAUGGGAGAGAAGAAAUCAGAGACGCUUCAGAGGAUCUCUGAGAAUGUGGACGGGAAGGGAAACAUCGUGAAGUUGGCGCACACCUGGCGACCGACCAAACUGGGCAAACAGCUGAGAGGAAGACACUCCAGACAGACGCCUCUAGUAAACCACAACCUGAAGCGAGCGGCAGACACCCAGAGCCGGAGGAACGCCCCCGACCCGGCGCAGCUGCCCAGACUCAACAUGGCCGCUCACGGACAUCAGUUUCCGUUCCCUUUCUCUGCUAUUCCUGCUUUUACCUUCAACCACAAGCCGACACUGCCGCCCAUCUCGCCAAAAAAGUGCCAGACACAGCCCGAGGAUGAGAUGCCUUGCAUAACCGUGAAGACCUUCUGCAUGCCACCUGUGGAGCGGAAAGAAGGAGAAACCUGAGCGCCAAAAUCCAGCCGAGUUUCAGAUUAAAAUCCGCCUGCUUGAACCGGACCGACCCGCAAAAUGGAGCCAAAACCCAGAGGAACUGCUACACAUCAAGCUGCCGUCUUCUCAGUUACUGCUGGGAUGGACGGCCAAAUGUGCCGCAAUUCAAUAAAUAAAUUAUUCAGUUAUUACAAUGCUGUGGAAAAGAAUUCCCUCCCCCUACAGAUUUCUUUUGUUUUUGCUCUUUUGUUAUAACAAGAAACCGGAAUAGUGUUUAAUGAUUAUUUCAUUCAUUAAAGUAUAAAUAUACGUGGUUCUGAGUGAAAAAGUGAUCAACCCCUUAAAACUAGCAGCUGUUAAGUGAUCAUGAUAAAAAUUAGUAUUUUACAUGACGGACGAGAAACAUCAAUCCAAUCUUUGCUGCAUUGUUUUAAAUUUGGCACAUCAGAGUGCAGACUUUGACUAGGUCACUCCAAUAAAAUCAUGAAAUGUGGUUGAUCUCAGUUGAUUCACGGUUUAUUACUUUCUCUCAUGCCGAGUUGGUUUGGAGAGAUUUUCUCCCUUUAAUGAAUAAAAUAAUCAUUUUAAAACUUUCCUGUUGAGCCUCAUCUGACUUUACAUUUUUACUAUUAUAAAAUACUCAAUUUAUAUUUAAUUGUUCUAAUAUUUAAAUUAAUUACAUGUUAAUAGUGAAUAAAGUAAUUUAAUAGUCAAAGAGCGAAAGACAGUGUUAGAGAAGAGCUGAUUGGGAAUCUGCUGUGGAGCUCAACCAAUCAAAUCUCAGUAUUAGAUGACGUAUGUAGACGUCAGGCUACGUUCACAAAGCAGCAGAUUACGAAUCAAAUCCCUUUACUUUCUUGUGACGACGUUAUGGGCUGAACAUUUUUAGAAUGAUCGAUAGACGACGGCGGCCAUUAUUACUUCCGUAAACAAUGCGCUGCUGUGUGACGUCAAUGUUCUAUUGCGCACGAGGGUCGCAAAACCGUUCACGCGUCGCAUUUAAUUUGUAGCAUGGAUAAAGAAAAUCGGAAUUGAUCAGCACCUGCUGUGUGAACGCAGCCUAACAAACAAUGAUUAACUUAUUAACUUUAAUUGUUUGUAAUUAUUUUAUUUAUCAUUUUAAACUGAUCUGCUUUUGUAAUUGUUGUAUUGUGGCACUUUUGGCCCCUGAACCUGAACAUAUUACCAUAUAACCCCCUGUUUUGUCUUGUGAAACGUGGUCCAUAUUUUCAUGUGAUAUGUUUACAUCUCAGUAAUAUCUCACAAAUUAUUUUCAUUUUUUACCCAAUGAACAUUUUAGGUUUAAACUCGUGUCAGGCGCCUGCUGGGAUUAUUCAUGGCUGGUUUGCAGCAAAAACUCCCAACCUGAGGGAGUUUGGAUAAUAACUGACUUCCUGUGUGGUGUGGAGCGUGAUGAGGAAAUCAGCAAUGCAAAUCAUUUUCCACACAAAUUGUUCGAGUAAAAUUACUUGCAGUGCCGUCAGAGUAUUCAUACCCUUAAACUUCACAUUUUCCAUGGAUUUUGAUGAAAAACAAAGUGGAAAAAAUAUGAUUCAUCACUUUCAACUUGUAACAGUGAAACACGGUAGUGGCAGCAUGAUGCUGAGGGGAUAUGCAGACAGGAAAACGUCGUAGUGGAUAGGAGAAUGAGCAGACCGAAUUCCAGGAUAAUCCUGGAGGGAAAAUAUUUGAGACAGACGUGCAUGCCGCACUUUUCAGAUUUUAUGGAUUAUUUACACUUUUGAUUAAAUAACAGAAAAUUAAUUAGGCAACUUCAGUUAAAUUUUUUUUAAAUUUUCAUUUGGAGUCAAAGUACUUUGAAUUGAAUUUAUUAGUAAAAAAGUAAAAAGCUUUUCUUUUCCAGUUUUUGGCUGUUGUGCAACAAAAGGUGGAAAAGUUUGUUGGGUUUGAAAACAUUUGCAAGGCACUGCGAGUAUUAUACUGACAUUAAUCUACUAAGCCUCAAAAAGACAAACAGUGACACUGAUGAGAUAUGAAUCGAAUAAAACUUUGAUUUUAUCAGCAA